GGGCUCGUCAGUGUUUCCACGUAAGACUCGAUAGUUGCAUCGUUGAGCCUUAAUAACUGAGUCUGGUCUCACAUGUGAAAGACCACCUACGUUUCUGGAAUUUACGAAACUCUGGAGAUCAGCGAAUCCAUGAUGUCUUUGCACUUUGCCUUGUUGUCAGAGGAUCAGUUCCAGUGUUCCCUGUGUGGGAAAGUGUUCAGCGACCCAGUCACUACACCUUGUGGUCACAGCUUCUGUAAGACCUGCCUCAGCGAGCGCUGGGACGGCAGCGAGUUGUGCCACUGCCCAGCUUGUAAUAAGAGAUUCCACGUGAGGCCCGAGGUCUCCACAAACACGGUCAUCCAGGAGAUUUCCGUCCAAGUGAAGAGGAGAAAAGUGGAGACAACUGAGAGCAUCGAUGAGCUUUCUCACGUCAAGUGUGAUGUGUGCACGGAACUGAAGCUCAAGGCCCAGAAGUCGUGCCUGGUGUGUCUGACGUCAUACUGCGAAGUCCACCUGGAGCCUCACCUGAGAGUUCCCUCCCUGAUGAGACACAAGCUGGUCGACCCGCUGGAGAACCUGGAGGAGAGGGUGUGCGAGAAGCACGAGAGGAUCCUGGAGCUCUUCUGCCGACACGAGGGGGCGUGCAUCUGUCUGCUGUGCAGGGAGACGGAGCACAAAGAGCACGAGACUGUGCCGGUGGAAGAAGAAGGGGCUCGGCAGAAACAAAAUAUUGAGUCCAAGAAAGCAGAGAUAAAAAAGAUGAUUGAGGAAAGAAGGGAAAAGACAAAGGAAUUCACCGAUUCCUCUGAAAUGAGCAGAGAGAAAGCUCACAAAGAGAUGGACUGCAGCGAUCAGCUCUUCAGUAAUUUGAUCAGUCAAGUACGAGGGCUGCAAACGAAACUGAAAUCGUGCAUAGAAGCAAAGCUCACAAAAUCACAAGAGAAAGACAAAGCAGUGAUUCAAGAGCUGCACACGGAAAUCACAGAACUGCAGAGGAGGCACUCGGAGUUGGAGGAGCUUUCACAAAAAGACGACCCCCUUCAGCUUCUGCAGACUUUGCAAGCCCUGAGCAACGUGUCAGACACGAAGAACUGGUCAAACAUCCGGGUUUACUCGGACCUGUGGGUGCAGACCCUGAGGAGAGCCACGUCUCAUCUCGUGCUCACUUUUCAAGCAGAACUUAGAUCUCUGACAAAAACAGAACUGACCAGAAUGAGACAAUAUAAAGAGUCCGUGACGUUUGACCGAGCCACAGCUGGUGACGGCCUCGUGGUGACUGAAGAGGGGAAACGCCUCAAGUACUCAAAACCUGCAAGCCCCACAUGGUCUGGUGGCUCAGAGAGGUUCGACCGGCCCGCGGUUUUUGGGACGAGGGGCUUCAGCUCUGGACGACACUACUGGGAAGUCCAAGUGGGCCGUAGAAACGACUGGGAUGUUGGUGUUGCCAAGGAAACGGUAACCAGAACAGGGAGGGUCACUCUGAAAACAGGGAAUGGAUUCUUCUCCAUUGGAAAGAAGGGCUAUGAUUAUCAAGUCCACUGUUUACCACACAAAGCUCUCCACCUGUGUCCCCGGCCGACAAGAGUAGGCAUUUAUCUGGACUAUGAGGAAGGAAGAGUGUCUUUCUAUGAUGUAGAUGAAGAGUUACACAUUCACUCUUUCACGAGAACGACUUUCACAGAGACGCUGUUCCCGUACUUCUAUCUGUACAGCUGGAUGAAGAAAUCCGAGCCCUUGGUUAUAACUUGUAUGUACGAUCGAGCAUCUUUGAUUCAGUCCCUUGACAAACUUAAAGAAGACCUGAACAGAAAAAAGUUGUUCGAAGGUCAAAAGCUCCAAACCCAACCGAGGUCCCCUGAGGUUAAACCCUCUGAAACCCACUACAGCCCAAAUCUGUACAUUACUACAGCGGAAUAGAUAGUUCACGCACCUCCGUCUGCUGCACGUCCGUUUGCUACGUCUGUGCGCGGUAAAGUCAAAAUCCUUAAGACCAAAACAAGUUACCAGCAGGAAUAUUGACUAACUUUCUAUAACAGACUUCAUCAACUGUUGAUAAAUAGCUAAUUAAGCUAAUGGUAGCUUCCUGGGCUGGUUGAACAGGUCUCACCGAUUCAGUUUAACUUUUUUUAGUGAAUAAACAAAGCAGAAAUGUGUGUUCGUAGAUUUAGUUUUUCUUAAUUAAAGGUCAAUAGGUUUGGUUGUGUUUGUGUUUUCUUUUUAUUAAUCAUUAUUAUACUAAAGUCUAAAUAUAGCCUAUAUCAGCCCUCAAACAUUCUUCAGUGCCGUCAAAAUGUGACAAAUCUUUGUUUUUAAUGUUUCAAUGGACACUUAACUUCAAACUAAAAUAAAAGUUGAAAGACCAAGUGUGUGUGUGUGUUUGCAUUAUUACUGCACCGAGCUUUGUGUGGAGAUUGAGCUGAGACGCUGCGAGGACACCAGCUGCUUUAUCAGGUGAGUCCUACGAGCGUCCAGGAAGUGACAGAGUCCAGCAGAGGUGUGUCUUCUCCUUUCUGGAGAGGAACCAGGGGACA